AUGGCGCUAAAUAGGUCUUCUAAAACCCAUUGUAGCAUAGUCGCAGUCCAUGGACUCAACGGCCACCGCGAGACAACCUGGACCGAUCAACAUGAUGUACUCUGGCUUCGAGAUCUGUUGCCAUCCAAGCUUCCAAACGCGCGCAUUUGGACCUGGGGUUACGACUCACGAACUCACACCAAGAGCCAUCAUGAUCAUUUGACGAACAAGAAGUUGUACGAUCAUGGUAGAGCGCUGGUACAGGAUCUCGACGGCGAGCGACGAGAUGAUGACUCAUAUCAACGGCCAAUUAUCUUCAUCGCUCAUAGUCUGGGAGGAAUUGUUGUCAAGAGUGCACUACUUCACUCCGAUCGAGCGAGAAAAGGUAAUCUUGAAGAAGAGAGAUCCAUUAAGCUCUCUACCUACGGCGUCAUCUUCAUGGGUACUCCACACCAAGGCGGCCAGGGAGUGAAUGUAGGGGAAAUAUUGCUCAACCUGGCGAAGGUACGGGGCAACACAAAUGAUAGUCUUCUUAAACACCUAGAGGAACACUCCGAGCUUCUACAACAACAGAAUUCCGAAUUCACAUCUAUCAGUCAAGACUUCGACAUAAAGUUUGCCUAUGAGACAUUGCCGACCCCUCUUGUAGGCGGAGCGGCCAAAGUAAUCGUACCUAAAUGGUCCGCUGUGGUUCCUGGCACUCCAGAUGCUGCGGAAUUUGGGAUCAGUCAAGACCACAGGCAAAUGACAAGAUUUUCGAACAGCGAGGACCAAGACUUCAGGAAGUUGUCUCGAAUGCUAGCGUCCAUGGUUCAGAAGGCACAAGCAAAGAUAGAGAGCAACUGGCAAUCAGAAGGGCGUCUAAAACAAGGCAGACAAGCGUACAAAGUGCCUUUCGACAUCCGAGGAGUCCCGAUCGUAGGGAAAUAUGUCGAGCGACAUUGGGAAAUGCAAUACAUGGAGGGAAAGUUGUUACCAAAAGAAGAAAGCAAGCAGCAAAGAAAAUUCGUGCUUCAUGGUCUGGGAGGCAUUGGCAAGACACAGCUGUCUCUAGCUUAUGCAAGGAAACAUCAAACUGAUUACACUGCCGUAUUCUGGCUCAAUGGACAGGCUCGUGAAAGCCUUAAACAAAGUAUUGCAGGGAUUGCGAGCCGGUUGCCGAAAGACCAGAUGUCGGAAUUUGCCACGAGUUGCACCCAGCAAGGCAGCGAACAGCUGGAUAAACUUGUCGAGGAGGUCCUGGGAUGGUUCAGCAGGGAGGAUAACGGCAAAUGGCUACUGAUCUACGACAAUGUUGAUCGCGAUAGUUCUGACGAUCCAGAGGCUUUCGACAUUGUGGAUUUCCUGCCCGGAAGCGAUCACGGAGCAAUCAUCAUCACAACUCGUCAAUUACGACUCAGAACCUUAGGAGAUGAGAUGCCUGUCACCAAGAUGACAAUGGAGGAGGGACUGAAAGUCCUGGAGAAUCAAUCAGGAUCUACAUUGAUAGAUAAUCCACAGGCAUCUGAACUUGUGAAUCGUGUAGGGGCCCUCCCACUGGCUCUUGCGCAAGCAGCCUCGUACAUGCGAGAGACAGGCACUAGCGUGACCGAAUACCUCGACUUCUACAAUACCGCUUGGGAUGAUCUCAUGAAACACGAGGCUCGUCCAGAAUCCGUAUUACGCGAAUAUGGAAACCGCAGUGUCCAGACCACAUGGAAUAUUUCCUUUGAGUCCGUCAAGCGGAAAAAUGAAGAUGCCGCGAACAUGCUGCAAGUUUGGUCUUAUCUCGACAAUAGGGAUAUCUGGUUUGAGCUUUUCAACAACAAGAAAAACUCGGACCUAGAAGGGUGGUCAAGCCCACCGGAGUGGUUUCGCAGAGUUGUUCGCAACAAAUUGAGUUUCAAAGGGGUCGCUGGCACCCUUCUCGCUUACUCACUGAUUGAAGCAAGACAAGACUCUGACUCCUAUGGGGUACAUCCGGUAGUCCAUGAAUGGUGCAGAAAGACGGUGACCACGGACAGGCAACACGAGUCAGCUUUUUUGGCGAUCACGUCCGUUGCGUUUGGGGUGCCAGAUGGAAAUGAAAGAGACUACUGGAGGACUCAGCGUCGUCUGCUACCGCAUGCAAAUCGAUUCUCUCAACAGUCGAUGGACAUGUUGGAAGAGGCCCUUGAGCCAGAGCAAGCGAAUGAACUUCAUACUGCGUUUCAUUUUCUAGGUGACCUCUAUAGUGAUCACAGUAUACGGAUGCGGGUAGAGGCUGAGGCUCUGUAUAACCGCGCAAUGUCGGGCAGGGAAAAGUCUCUGGGCUCCCAUCACAUGAAUACAAUACAUACACUUAGCAGGAUAGGUAGUUUGUACUAUUACCAGGGAAGGCUGGUAGACGCCGAGGACUUGCAUAGGCGCGUGCUGGCCAAGAGAACAGAGGAAUUGGGUCCAGAUCACAAGACAACGAUGAUUUCAGUCUAUAAUCUCGCGGUUGAUCUCCAAGACCAAAAUAAGCUAGUUGAAGCAGAGGACUUGUACCAGCGGGUAUUGACGUGGCAUCAAAAGGCGCCGCAUCCAACUCAUACCAUAGAUCCCAACCUAUACACUGCCUUAGGAUCUCUCUACCGCAAACAAGGGAAGCUGACACAGUCCGAGGCCAUGUAUCUGCAAGCACUCGCUGGGUACGAGGCGGCACUAGAGUCAGAUCAUCCGUUCACACUGCAAGCCAAUCAUAAUCUAGGGCUCCUAUACGUUGACCAAGAAAGGCUAGCAGAAGCUGAGGCUGCGUUUAAAGGGGUGUUAGAAGGCAGGAAGAAAGUAUUUGGGCCGGAUCAUGAAGAAACACUGGCCGUGAUGUUCAGCCUAGGCUCCGUCUUUGAGAUGCAGGGAAGGUUGACGGAAGCUGAAGCCAUACAUCGGCAGGCGUUGGCAGGACGUAUCAAAGUACUCGGUCCGAAACACGAGUCGACAUUGGAAACGUCCGGGAAUCUAGGACUAUUGUAUGAGCAGCAGGGGAAGCUUGCGGAGGCUGAGGCUUUAUACCUGCAGGCAGUAGAACCAUUCAAGCACGUUCCAGAUGAACAAAAGACUUCAGCAACUUUCGACUUGCUAAAUGAUCUAGGCUGUCUAUACGGAAGGCAAGGGAGAUCAGCUGAGGCUGAGGUGAUGUAUCAGCAAGCUUUGACAGGGUAUCAGACGGUGCUGGGUCCAGAUCACGAAGAUACGUUGCGUACACUCAACAACUUGAGAGAAUGCUACGAGGAUCAGGGCAAGCUCGCUGAAGCUACACAUUUAUGUCUACAGGAACUAGAGCUUCAUGGACCAGACGCUCGGAAAGUCGAAAGGGUUCUCAAUUUGAGAGACCAUCUAGGCGUUCUUUAUCACAGACAACACAAAUUCGUUGAAGCUGAAGCAAUGUACCAGCAGGCUUCAAACGGAUAUCAGACGGUGCUGGGUCCAGAUCACGAAGAUACGUUAUGUACACUCAACAACUUGAGAGAAUGCUACGAGGGUCAGGGCAAGUUCGCUGAAGCUACACCUUUAUAUCUACAGGAACUAGAGCUUUAUGGACCAGAUGCUCGGAAAGACGAAAAGAUUCUCAACUUGUUAGACAAUCUAGGUGUUCUUUAUCACAGACAACACAAGUUCGUUGAAGCUGAAGCAAUGUACCAGCAGGCUUCAAACGGAUAUCAGACGGUGCUGGGUCCAGAUCACGAAGAUACGUUGCGUGUACUCGGCAAUCUGAGAAUAUGCUACGAGGACCAGGGCAAGUUCGCUGAAGCUACACCUUUAUAUCUACAGGAACUAGAGCUUUAUGGACCAGAUGCUCGGAAAAACGAAAAGAUUCUCAACUUGUUAGACAAUCUAGGUGUUCUUUAUCACAGACAACACAAGUUCGUUGAAGCUGAAGCAAUGUUCCAGCAGGCUUCAAACGGAUAUCAAACGAUGUUGGGUCCAGAUCACGAAGAUACGUUGCGUACACUCAACAACUUGAGAGAAUGUCACGAGGAUCAGGGCAAGCUCGCUGAAGCUGAAGCAUUGUCUCAGGGGAGGGAGUGA